GAUGCAGGGUGUCGCUGCUUCCGUAACCGAUACACUCGGCAAUAUCAAACCGUGGCUGCAGAAAGUAACUGCGCAAUCGAAACCAACGGAUGCGAAGUAUUUCACUACCACUAAGAAAGGGGAGAUAUUUGAACUGAAAGCAGAGCUAAAUAGUGAGAGAAGGGAUAAGAAAAAGGAAGCAGUGAAAAAAGUUAUCGCUAGUAUGACCGUUGGAAAAGAUGUCAGUGCUCUAUUCCCUGAUGUUAUCAACUGCAUGCAAACGGACAACCUAGAAUUGAAGAAACUCGUCUAUCUCUAUCUCAUGAACUACGCGAAAACUCAACCGGACACUGCAAUAAUGGCAGUAAAUACCUUUGUUAAGGAUUGUGAUGACCCCAAUCCAUUGAUUCGCGCGCUUGCUGUCAGAACUAUGGGCUGUAUUCGCGUGGAUAAAAUAACGGCGUAUCUUUGCGAUCCCUUGAGAAAGUGUCUCAAAGACGAAGACCCAUAUGUUCGAAAAACUGCAGCUGUUUGUGUCGCCAAACUUCAUGAUAUUGACGCUGAACUAGUAGAAGACAGUGGUUUUCUUGAAUUGCUCCGAGAUUUACUGUGUGACAGUAAUCCCAUGGUUGUAGCAAACGCCGUGGCCUCGAUUUCCGAAAUUUUGGAAUCGACUGUUUCGGAUCAAGCGAGAUCUUUGCUCACUUUUGACGGACCGGUAAUCAACAAGUUGCUCACAGCGCUCAAUGAAUGCACUGAAUGGGGUCAGGUGUUCAUUUUGGAUGCAAUUGCCGACUACACUCCUGUGGACGAUCGGGAAGCACAAAGUAUCGUGGAACGUGUAACACCUCGGUUAGCACAUGCGAAUGCUGCUGUUGUCCUCUCUACAGUCAAAGUUGUGAUGAAAAUGAUUGAACUCAUUGACCCCGAAGCAGAACUUGUAUCCACAGUCACACGAAAGCUAGCUCCUCCCCUGGUUACUCUGCUCUCCGCGGAACCGGAAAUUCAGUAUGUAGCUCUUCGUAACAUCAACCUUAUCGUUCAAAAACGAAAGGAUGUCCUCAAGCAAGAGAUGAAGGUCUUCUUCGUAAAGUACAACGAUCCCAUUUACGUGAAGUUGGAAAAGUUGGACAUCAUGAUCCGAUUGAUCAAUCAGUCCAAUAUUGGUCAGGUUUUGGCUGAGCUGAAAGAAUACGCGAAAGAAGUUGAUGUGGACUUCGUUCGCAAAGCGGUGCGUGCAAUCGGUAGAUGUGCCAUCAAGAUAGAGUCGGCUGCGGAGCGUUGCGUGAGCACCUUGAUCGAACUGAUCCAAACAAAAGUGAACUAUGUUGUGCAAGAAGCAAUUAUUGUGAUCAAGGACAUCUUUCGUAAAUACCCAAACAAAUAUGAAAGUAUCAUAUCCAUACUGUGUGAGAAUUUGGAUACUCUAGAUGAGCCGGAGGCCCGGGGUUCAAUGAUUUGGAUUAUUGGUGAAUACGCCGAACGUAUCGACAACGCAGAUGAACUUUUGGCCUCUUUUCUGGACGGGUUCCAAGACGAAAAUGCCCAGGUUCAGCUACAACUGCUCACUGCGAUCGUUAAACUUUUCCUCAAACGACCUUCGGAUACUCAGGAGCUAGUUCAAACAGUUCUUGGACUGGCCACUCAAGAGUCGGAUAAUCCAGAUCUCCGAGACCGUGGUUACAUCUACUGGCGCCUUCUGUCCACCGAUCCAGCUGCUGCAAAAGAGGUGGUAUUGGCCGAGAAGCCGCUGAUCUCUGAAGAAACGGACAUGUUGGAGCCAACACUUCUGGACGAGUUGAUUUGCCACCUAGCCAGCUUGGCGAGUGUGUAUCACCGGCCUCCAAGCUCUUUCGUGGAAGGGCGUCAUACUACCCGGCGUCAACUGCCAGCACGGUCUGGACAGACUGGAGUGGAAGGGGCUGCGCGGGACGGAGGACAGACAGUUUCACCGACUGUUAUACCUACCCAGGAAACCCUAAUUGGUGACUUGUUAGAUAUGGAUAUCGGUGCUAAACCGUCUGCCUACGAUACUCCUGCAUCUCAGUUUGCGGGUGCGAUGUUGAAUGAGCCUGGUCGUACCGGAAUAUCUGACCUGCUUGGUGACGGUCUUGAUGAUUUGCUUCCUUCUGUCGGUUCUACUGCUCAUGGGUCUGCACCCUUCGCAGCGCCUGCAGGCUCCUCUGCAGUGGAUACGUUGGCGGAUAUUUUUGGUGGUUUGGAAACAACCUCUGCAACGAACUCUUUUGGUUACGAGCCUCCUAUGGCAAUGUGGCUCGAGGCCGGUCGCGGAAAGGGACUCGAAAUUCAAGGUACUUUUGUCCGUCAAACGAACCCCGGGUUGAUCAACAUGAAACUGAUGUUCACAAACCACUCCCUCAGUCCGAUGUCCGGUUUCGCCAUUCAGUUUAAUAAGAACAGCUUUGGUUUGAAACCUGCCCAACCAUUGUCGAUCAAUUCUCCAUUAGCUCCUCGCCAGUCUAUUACUGUCACCCUGCCACUAUCCACUGCUGGCGUAAUGGCGAAAAUGGAACCAUUGAUGAUGUUGCAGAUUGCGGUGAAAAACAAUGUAGAUGUACUCUACUUUGCAACCUCAGUCCCAAUGCAUGUACUUUUCGUGGAGGAGGGUGAUAUGGAGAAACGUGUGUUCUUGGCCACAUGGAAGGACAUCCCAAGUGACAGUGAAAGGCAAUUCACUUUGAAUCAGAUCAAUUUGAAUGCAGAUGCCUGCAGUCGAAAGCUACAGCAAAACAAUAUUUUCACCGUCGCCAAGCGCAACGUAGACGGACAGGACAUGCUCUACUUGACUAUGAAAACCACGAACAACAUCUGGGUACUCGCAGAACUCAAAAUUCAACCGGGCAAUCCAACCUUCACGCUCUCACUAAAGUCACGCAUUGUGGAUGUAUACCCGCACGUUCACGCUGCGUUUGACAGCGUUCUCAGAUCCUAAUCUGUUCGGCUCGUGGAGUUUCGCGGAAGCUAUGGAACCAGCUACUAUCACACUCCCCAGUUUGUUGGAUAUUUACUGUGCACUUUGUUGUCGUUUAUCAGUUGCACGACUCCUUUUCGGUUCAUUAGCAAGUGGUGUCUACUUCUAUUAUUCUGUGAUUCUCGGUAGCAAAAUUUCGUAUCCACCACUCUCGGUGAUAAUGCUUAUUUCCCGACCCAUUCCAUUGACAGGCUACUUUAUGGUCUAUGUAACACCAUGGUCUGCUUCAGUUGCUUCUACCUUGCUGCGUUUUCUGUGUUUUCCGUCUUAACUAGUCCAUUUUUACUUUCUUCAGCUGAAAUAU